UUUAAAAAGCGCGGGUCAAGCUAGAGAACCGAGCUGGCACGGUGGUGGUAACCCCGAAGCGGGACUGUGGCGGGUCCUGAUGGACAACACCGCCUGCUUGAAGUCCUUGCUUCUGACCAUUAGUCAGUAUAAAGCAGUUAAGUCGGAAGCGAACGCCACCCAGCUUUUGCGGCACUUGGAGGUAAUUUCUGGACAGAAGCUCACCCGAUUGUUUACAUCAAAUCACAUACUACCAAGUGAAUGCUUAAGUUGCCUUGUAGAGCUACUUGAAGACCCAAACAUAAGUGCUUCACUGAUAUUAAGUAUCGUCAGUUUGCUAUCUCAACUAGCUGUAGACAAUGAAACCAGAGACUGUCUUCAGAAUACGUACAGCCUGAAUAGUGUGCUGGCAGGAGUGGUUUGUCGGAGCAGUACUUGCCACAGUGAUUCAGUGUUUUUGCAGUGCAUUCAGCUUCUGCAGAGGUUAACAUAUAACGUCAAAAUUUUGCAUUCUGGUGCCAAUAUAGAUGAAUUAAUUACAUUCCUGAUUGAUCAUAUUCAGUCUUCUGAAGAUGAGUUGACAAUGCCUUGUCUAGGAUUAUUGGCAAAUCUUUGUCGGCACAAUCUUUCUGUUCAAACACACAUAAAGACUUUGAAUAAUGUGAAAUCUUUUUAUCGAACUCUUAUAAGCUUCCUGGCCCAUAGUAGUUUAACUGUGGUUGUGUUUGCACUUUCAAUAUUAUCCAGUUUGACAUUAAACGAAGAGGUUGGGGAAAAGCUGUUCCAUGCUCGAAACAUUCAUCAGACUUUUCAACUAAUAUUUAAUAUUCUCAUAAAUGGUGAUGGCACACUAACUAGAAAGUAUUCAGUUGAUCUACUGAUGGAUCUUCUUAAGAAUCCUAAAAUUGCUGAUUAUCUUAUCAGGUAUGAACACUUUUCUUCAUGUCUUAAUCAAGUAUUAGGUCUUCUUAAUGGAAAGGAUCCUGAUUCUUCUUCAAAGGUUUUAGAAUUACUUCUUGCGUUCUGUUCAGUGACUCAGCUGCGCCAUGUGCUUACGCAGAUGAUAUUUGAACAGCCUCCAUCUGGCAGCACCAUUCUGGGAAGCCGUUCUAAGUGUUUAGAACCUCCUGUAGCUCUACUUCGUUGGUCAAGCCAACCUUUGGAUGGAUCAGAAAACUGUUCUAUUUUAGCACUGGAGUUGUUCAAGGAAAUAUUUGAGGAUGUCAUAGAUACUGCUAACUGUUCCUCAGCUGACCGUUUUGUGACCCUUCUGCUGCCUACAUUCCUUGAUCAGCUUCAGUUCACAGAACAAAAUCUAGAUGAGGCCUUAAUAAGGAAAAAAUGUGAAAGGAUGGUCAAGGCCAUUGAAGUUUUGUUAACUCUGUGUGGAGAUGAUGCUCUAAAAAUGCAUAUUGCAAAAAUUCUGACAACUAUCAAAUGUACCACUCUGAUAGAGCAACAAUUUACAUAUGGCAAGAUUGAUCUGGGGUUUGGAACAAAGGUAGCAGAUUCUGAAUUGUGCAAACUUGCUGCUGAUGUAAUUUUGAAAACUCUUGAUUUGAUGAACAAACUUAAACAGUUGGUUCCUGGUAUGGAAGUAAGCUUCUACAAAAUCCUUCAGGAUCCUCGCCUGAUUACUCCCUUGGCUUUUGCUUUAACAUCAGACCGUAGAGAACAAGUACAGUCUGGAUUGGGAAUAUUAUUGGAAGCUGCUCCACUGCCAGAUUUUCCUGCAUUAGUGCUUGGAGAAAGUAUAGCAGCAAACAACACCUAUAGACAACAGGAAACAGAACAUAUGCCCAGAAGAAUGCCUUUGCAAUCAUUGAAUCACAGUUUUCCAACAUCAGUAAAAUGCUUAACUCCUCCACUUUUGAAAGAUAGAGUUCCUGGAUUGAACAUUGAGGAAUUAAUAGAGAAGCUUCAGUCUGGAGUUGUGGUAAAGGAUGAGAUUAAUGAUGUGAGAAUAUCUGACAUAAUGGAUGUAUAUGAGAUGAAACUAUCCACAUUAGCUUCCAAAGAAAGCAGGCUACAAGAUCUCUUGGAAGCAAAAGCUCUGGCCCUUGCACAAGCUGAUAGACUGAUUGCUCAAUAUCGCUGUCAAAGAACUCAAGCUGAGACAGAAGCACGGACACUUGCUAAUAUGUUGAGAGAAGUUGAGAGAAAAAAUGAAGAGCUUGGUUUGUUGCUGAAGUCACAGGAGGUUGAAUCAGAAAGAGCCCAGAGUGAUAUUGAGCAUCUCUUUCAACAUAAUAGGAAGUUAGAGUCUGUGGCUGAAGAACACGAAGUACUGACAAAAUCCUACAUGGAACUUCUUCAAAGGAAUGAAACUGUUGAGAAGAAGAACAAAGAUUUACAGGUCACGUGUGAUUCUCUAAAUAAACAAAUUGAGAGUGUGAAAAAGUUGAAUGAGUCACUCAAGCAACAAAAUGAAAAAACUAUUGCCCAUCUAAUAGAGAAAGAAGAACAGAGAAAAGAAGUACAGAACCAACUGGUAGACAGAGAAUGUAAGCUAGCAAACCUGGCACAAAAAAUAAAAGUACAAGAAGAAAAGAUUGAAGUCUUACAAAGAGAAACGGAAGAUAAAGAAGAAGCCAUUGGUGUCCUUAGAAAAGAGUUAAAUAGAACAGAUCAGAUAAGAAAAGAAUUGAGCAUUAAGGCUUCCUCCCUAGAAGUUCAGAAGGCUCAGUUAGAAGGUCGUUUGGAAGAGAAAGAGUCCCUGGUGAAACUUCAGCAAGAGGAGUUGAACAAACACUCUCAUAUGAUAGCAAUGAUCCACAGUUUAAGUGGUGGGAAAACAAAUCCAGAAACUGUGAAUCUCAGUAUAUAGAUAUUAUGUAUUUUUCUACUGGGAAGGUGGGGUAGGAAAGGUAAUUUGUGACUCCAAAACAAGAACAAAUUAUUAUCUAAUUAUUAAUUUAGUAAAGAACCUGAUCUGAUA